GAUCGCGCUCGCACGCUCCGUUUCUUAUCCGCGAAACAGUUUGGCCGGUAAAAAGUCGGAGUGGUAUAAGCAGGCUUGAGGCGUAUGGUCAGCAGCGAGGGGCGUUCGAAGGAAUUGUCAUUAAUCGAAUUGUAUGCACGAAGGGAUGAUUCCUAGUGAGAAGGAGUGCUUGUGAUUCAAUGAGUUUGAAUAAUUAAUUUGUGGGCAAGGUGUGAAUUAUUUGAGCCAAUAUAGAAAUUUACGUGUAGGAAAUUGAUUGUGUGAUUGUGAGUUGAAGAUAGCAGCAAAUCUGUUGGAAUUUCCAUCGGGAUUAAGAAAGUGAAUAAAUUACCACGUUUAUCUCAUUUGAUUUGGCUUCGAAGAGAUUGUAUUAGUUUUAUUCACAACUGGAAGAUGGAUAAGAAAGCAGAUAUGGAAGCCAAGGAAGUUAUUCUCAUCACAGGUGGCGCCGGGUUCCUCGGUCAACAUUUGAUCAGAACCCUGCAGGAACGUGACCCCAAGGUGCGCGAGAUUCGUGUCGUCGAUUUGAAGCCAUACGAAAAUAUACUCGGUCACAUCGACACCCACCGGGUCGUCUCGUACGUGGGUGACAUUUGCCAACCGUCCAAGAUUGAGUCCGCAUUCGAGGGUGUCGACUGCGUGUUUCACAUGGCGGCGUACAUCAACUUUGACUUCCCGCCCAACCACCAGGAGCUGCAGCGGGUUAACGUCGACGGGACGCAGAUGGUGAUUGACCUGUGCCGGAAGUACAACGUGCCCAGAUUGGUGUUUACCAGCGAUUGUCUGAUCCACAUGACUCCGUACAUGGGCCGGGCCAACUUCACGAUUGUUUGCAACCAAACCGAACCGAAGACCAAAGUGCCGGCCAAGGAGAGCGAGUUUCAGAUUCCGGGCUACGCAUCGUCCAAGUUCCGGGCGGAAAACUUGGUCCUGGCGGCGAACGAUACUCCCACGGCCAAUGGAGGCAUGCUGAAAACGAUUGCCAUUCGACCACCGGUAGUAUUCGGCGAGGGUGACCAGCGAUUCAUCCCGUCCAUCAUCAAAGUCGCCCUUCGCUUCAAUGGAGAAAUCCCCAAGCUAGCCGGUCCCGGAGGGAAACAGCAGCUGGUCUACGCCGGCAAUGUCGCUUGGGCACAUCUUCGCGCCAAGGACGCCCUAUUGACCAAACCAAAGGAAAUCUCUGGUCACCCGGUGUUCGUUACGGACGAUUCCGGCAUCGAGGACACUACUCGCUUCUGUCAGCGCUUAUCCCGAGCUAAUGAAACGCUUAAGCUACGACCGUCCUGGUACCAGAUACCGCUCUUUCUGUCCUUCUUCCUGGCGUUCCUGCUGGAGCUGCUGAUUAAAGCGCUUAAUCCGAUUGUGAAAAUUAAACUGAGCUUUCCCCCGUGCGGACUGCUCUCGUACAUGUCAUCGAUUCUGCUCUACAAUCGGAUCCGGGCGUCUAUCUAUCUGGAUUAUGAGCCUAUCUACGGCGAGGAAAAAGCAGUCUCUAAUGCGGCCCUCUGGUAUGAAAAAUGGUAUCAAGACUACUGCCAGCAGCAUAAGCUGAAGAAGUUGAAAGUCAAAUGAGAAUCCGCUGCAUUCUCUCUUGCCAGGGAUUGGGGCCGAUAAUUGAAAUUUGUUUGUAUAAUCUAGGAAUGUAAGCAUUUUUUUUCCUCUCGCGGGGUGGAUUGUCCACCCCAGAAUACUCAAAGGCAUAUUAGAGUGUAGUUUAGUUAAUGUACAUUUAUACCAAGGCGAAAGGUGAACCAAAC